AUGACCGGCUAAUUUCGUUAACGAAAACCCUAAAAGCCUUUGUGUCAUAUAAAUACUCAUAUCCCCUCAUCUGUCAAACAUUUUCUCUUCUCAGAGCGGAAGCCAUCUUUGCCAUUCUCAUCUUCUUUCGAUGGCAAGGAUCAAGGUCCAUGAGCUCCGGACCAAGUCCAAGACUGACCUUCUCAACCAGCUCAAGGAGCUGAAGACUGAGCUGGCAUUGCUGCGAGUGGCUAAGGUUACCGGGGGUGCUCCCAACAAACUUUCCAAGAUUAAGGUGGUCAGGCUCUCCAUUGCACGAGUGCUCACCGUUAUCUCUCAGAAGCAAAAAGCUGCCUUAAGAGAAGCCUACAGUAAGAAGAAGUUUCUGCCAUUGGAUCUGCGACCUAAGAAGACCCGUGCUAUCAGGCGCCGUCUUACAAAGCAUCAGCAAUCACUGAAGACGGAGAGGGAGAAGAAGAGAGAAAUGUACUUCCCGAAGAGGAAGUAUGCUAUCAAGGUCUGAGGUUGCAUGAUCACUGCUACAGGUGAGCCUACAUUUUUGUUUCAUUUUUUCAGUUAAGAGAUUCAGUGUGGGAGCCUUCGAAGCUUAAGAUAUUUCAGCUAGACGUUUGUUUUUUAUUCAAUGUAGUGUUGGAUUGAGUGCCUUUGCGGACA